UACCUACCGCUCUACGCCACGCCACUCCACUCCACUCCACUCCCGAGCCGAGGCGACGUCCGUCUCCUCCAUUUCCGCCAGCUGGGCCAUCACAUGCUCACUCUCCCUCUCUCCCCUCCCACUCCACUCCUGCUCUGCUGUCCUGCAGCUCGGCUCAGGCGCUCAGCUAGGCAGCUACUAGCUCAACACCUCUCUCUUCAGCGGAGAGGAGCAGAGCAGCAGCACUCCAUUAAAGACAGCGAGCACAGCACCACCGAGGAAAGAGGAAAAAUCCUCUCUUUAUCUUUGAACAAAGCGACAAAGGGAGCCCCAAAGCCGAAAGCCAAAGCGGCAAUGGCGUCCUCCUAGAUUCCAGACCACAGCAACAGAGCAAAGCAAAUCAAAGCCAAGCAGAGCAGACAGAUUUCCCACCCUCACUCAUCUCCAGUCUCUCUCUCUGUCUUCUUGGCCAUGGAGGCGCCGUCGUCGGACCAGUACCGCUCCAGCUCCUCCUCGGCGGGGAGCCCCUCCGCCCCGGCCGGCGGCGCGGGCCGGCGCUACUACUUCCCGAGGCCGGGCCGGCCCGUCUCCUUCGAGGACUCGCCCGACUGGGGGGACGACAUCACCGUCGACGCCGCCGCCCACGCAGCGGACUCCUCCUCCUCCAUCCACCUCGCCUCCGCCUCCGCCUCCGCCGCCAGCAGCGCCUACCCGUCCCCGUCCACCUCCCUCCCGGGGCCCUCCGCGUCCGCGUCCGGCUCCGGAUUCCGGGAGCGCAAGGUGGCCGGCGCCGCGCUCGUCUGGAAGGAGCUCAGCGUCUCCGUCCGGGACGGCCGCCGCCCCGGCCGCGUCGUCAGGGGCUCCAGCGGCUACGCGCUGCCCGGCACGCUCACCGUCGUCAUGGGCCCCGCCCGCUCCGGCAAAUCCACCCUCCUCCGGGCCAUAGCAGGGAGGCUGCGCGGCGCCGAGCGGAUGUACGGCGACGUCUUCGUCAAUGGCGUCAAGUCACCCUUGCCAUAUGGAUCAUAUGGGUAUGUUGACCGGGACGAUGUGCUAAUCGAAUCUCUCACAGUACGGGAGAUGCUGUACUACUCAGCGCUCUUGCAGCUCCCGAGCGUCUUCUCUUCCAAUAAGUCAUUUGUGGAAGAUGCUAUCGCGGCCAUGUCGUUGGGUGACCAUGCUGACAAACUCAUUGGUGGACACUGCUUUACAAAGAGGCUUCCAACUGGCGAGAGGAGGCGGGUCAGCAUUGCAAGGGAGCUUGUGAUGAGGCCACAUGUUUUGUUCAUCGAUGAGCCUCUGUACCACCUCGACAGUGUUUCUGCACUCCUCUUGAUGGUAACACUGAAGAAACUUGCAAGCACAGGGUGCACAGUCAUCUUCACAAUGUAUCAAAGCAGCACGGAGGUUUUUGGACUUUUCGAUCGGAUUUGCUUGCUUUCAAAUGGGAAUACCCUCUUCUUUGGGGAAACAUUGGCUUGCCUGCAGCACUUCUCAAAUGCUGGGUUUCCAUGUCCAAUCAUGCAAAGUCCAUCUGACCACUUCUUGAGGGCAAUCAAUACCGACUUUGACAGAAUCAUAGCAAUGUGCAAGAAUCUGCAGGAUGAUCAAGGGGAUUUCUCAUCAGUGAGCAUGGACACUGCUGUGGCAAUCCGGACACUAGAAGCAACAUACAAAUCAUCGGCUGAAGCUGCCGCUGUUGAAUUGAUGAUUGCAAAAUUGAUUGAGAAGGAAGGUCCUUACUUGAAAAGUAAAGGCAGAGCCAGUGAUGCAGCGAGAAUUGGAAUUCUCACUUGGAGAUCAUUGCUAAUUAUGUCAAGAGACUGGAAGUACUUCUGGAGCAGGCUUGUCUUGUAUAUGCUUCUUGCUCUCUCAAUCGGCACCAUAUUUAUCGACAUUGGUCAUUCAUUAUCAUCUGUAGUGGUUAGGAUUUCUGCGAUAUUUGUGUUUGUUUCAUUUCUCGUCCUUUUAAGUGUUUGUGGUGUACCUGCGCAUAUUGAUGAGAUCAAGAUAUAUUCCCAUGAGGAUUCAAAUCGGCAUUCUGGGACAUUGGUUUUCCUACUAGGCCACUUCCUAUCCAGCAUCCCCUUCCUAUUUCUGGUGUCUAUUUCGUCGUCGUUGGUUUUCUACUUCCUGAUAGGCCUCAGGAAUGAGUUCAGCUUCCUUAUGUACUUUAUAAUCACCAUCUUUACGUGCCUGUUGGCUAACGAGGCACUUAUGAUGAUUGUUGCCUACAUCUGGCUUGAAACUUACAAGUGCACCUUAACCCUGAUUUGCUUAUAUGUUGUCAUGAUGCUGGUGGCUGGGUAUUUUCGGAUCCGAGACGCAAUACCAGUGGCCGUGUGGAACUAUCCGCUGUCCUACAUUUCGUUCCAUACAUACGCCGUCCAGGGCUUGGUCGAGAACGAGUAUGUCGAUACAUCAUUUGCAGUCGGGGCCACAAGGACAAUACCCGGCGUGCAGGCUGUCCGAGGCUCGUAUGGCAUUUCAUCAUCGGCAGGCGCCAAGUGGAUGAACCUCCUUGUUUUGCUCCUGAUGGCGAUCGGCUACCGGGUCGUCUUGUAUGUUUUGCUUCGUCUAGAUGUGAGGAGACAUGUGAGGCUUGGCAGGCGCUCUUGCUGGCCCAGCAUCCACACUAGUGCAGCUCCAAAGUGAGUUUGCCCUGAGCUAUUGGAAGACGUUUUUUUUGGGUGUAUACAUGUGUGAUUCCUUGCUAGGUAGGCAUAUCUGACGCACGGAAAGUAGAAGAGAAACAGAGAGAGAGGAAAUUGGAGGAACAGGUGUGUGUAACAUAACAUAUAUAUACUGUAUGUAUGGGAGCUGAAGGAAUGGAUCAUGAGUUGGUUA